AUGGACCAUGACCCAAGCCCCGCGCAGCGCUCCUCGCGCAAACACAUGCGCUCCAGCGAUGACGACAACAACUACGACUGGAGCUCGGACGUGUCUGGCCAAUUUGACGACGCCGAAGAGGCAGACCAGGAUGAAUACCGGUCGCUCAUGGCAAACCUGGCCAAGCGCCGCAAGUCCAAUGAUUGGCCUUUGCCCGAUGAAGCGGCAGACUAUGUUCCUGGUUCUGGCGAUGGCGCGAAUGACCGCCGCGUCGCCCGGACCGAAAAUGGCAAUUUGAGUGCCAGUAAUACUGGACCUGGAUAUAAGGCUUCGCCGCGGGCGUCACCGCGGGCGUCCCCUCGUGGGUCUUUGGCCUCGCUGCGCGCGAGACAUGCCGCUGCUUCUGCGUCUGCUUCCAGUCCCCGUCAUCAACGCCGUGGUCGGACCUCUCGUUUUGUGGAGGCUACUAUGAGUGAUAGUGUCAGUGAGAAGCCGCCGAGUAUUUUUUUUCGUGAUCAGAAGCCCGCUGGGCCGAACCGCUCGUCUGGGAUUUUCCGCUUCGGGAAGGCUAUUGCCUCGGCGUUUAAUCCGUUUGGUGGUUGGAGCAAGAAUUCUGAGGAUGUGAACAAGUCGCCCCAGAAAGAUGUUAUCAAUCAGGCUGAGGCUGCUUAUGCGGAAUUGAAGAAGGCUGGUUACAAGGGUACCAAUAAGGGCUCAUAUACCCAGACCCAUGGUGUCAGUACCUCUCAUGCCGACCAUACUUGGCAGGCUAUUCAGGAGAAGAUGGAGAAUAGCUCGCCUGUCAAGGAUUCGCGUUGUCAUUCCGUUGACCAUGGUGAUCGGGCUGUGCCAUCGCGCUCUGACUCCUCGGCUUCGAAACGCUCCUCUUUGCAGGAUCUGCGUAUGAAUCUCUUCAACAAGCCUCAUGAAUCGCCUUCUACUGCCCCUGCGGUCUACUGCGACAGGACUUCGGACGAGUCUGAGCCUACUGGUUUACGCAAACAACCCUCGCGUCGAGAAAUGUCGCGCCAAGCAAAGUUACUCAAGAAAGUCAGCAAUCUUGAAGAGAAGCUACUUCGUGCUCGACGGGAGCUCCGUGACUUGACUGGGAAUGAGGAGCGGACACCAGUCCCGACGCCAUCUUCGAAGCCUCUCAAUACGGAGAUUGAUCCUGCAUCAUUCCCAAGGAAGUUCGUCCCCGGAGCUCUUCCUAGUCUCCCAUCGGAGAGACUUCUGGAUCAGCAAGCAGAGGCAUCCGAGUCUAAUGAGACCAGAGUGACGGUGACCGCCCUGCCACCUAUGGAAGACCGAGAAAGCUUCUCGUUUGAAGAGCCACGCCCAGCUCGAAGCCCGGCUGCGGCCAAAACUCCAAGACGCCGCUCGAAAGAGGCCCGGCCGUCGUCAAUGGGUAAGAACAGCUCUUCCCGUAAGCGGAAGUCACCCAAUCCUGAACCAGUCGAUAGUCGGAGCCCUUCUCAGCCCAGUCAGACGGACUGCGGUGACGCCAACCUCGAACCCGAAUACGACUUUGACGAAUUGAUCGACUGCGGUCUUCUCAGUCCCCCGAACAAGGCGAAAUGGCACAAGUCCGAAGUAGGCGAAAGCCCAGGCUCUGCUAAGCGCAAACAAGCCAUCGACAACGUCGGUCUCACUUCACUCACAGAAAAGGUCGACAAAGACAUCUCAAAGAACAUCAACAACGAAAGCGGCGCAGACCGCAACAAAAUCAACAAAAGGUCUCACUCUGUCCAAUCCCGAAGACUCUCCACGACCAGUCGCUCACCAAAUUCAAAGCCCUCCACCCCCGUCCGCAUGAGACCAAGCGCACCAAAUAUGCGCACCAAAUCAACCACCUCAGACCGGACUAAUACCGAUGUCUGGUUCUCGCCCCUGCCAACCACCCCCACCAAUCAGCCCGACUCCCAUCGCUCCUUCUACCUCCAGUCCCAUAGAACUCUGAACCCAGACCGUAGCCCACGCGCUUCUCCCUCAAAGGCUCCCCGGGGUUAUCAGCGAGGCUACGGCUAUGGUCUAACACGAAACGAGGACGUCCCUCCUGUCCCGCCUCUCCCAAAAGAACUGCGCAUGAACGCUGCCACAGUCACCCAAAAUAAGAACAAGUCACCGACCAAGAGACCGAUAUCGUGUCCCGAGCCUUCUGCCCUCCUCUCACCUGAGCCGGGCUCUGUCCGUCUUCUUGGGGGUCUGGAGGAUUAUCAGUGGCCAGAGGAUAUCUUUUGA